GUUGCAGAGAAGAGCAAAAAGCAUCCAGCACCACCACCAGGGCAGGGCAUCCGCCUGGCCCAAGGCAAAGGCCAGCAUGACAGAUGACAACUUAUCGGGCAUCAGUGGGAUGGAGGUAGACGAUCGGAUCUCCUACCUGGAGCAGCGCCUGCAGUUGCAAGAGGAUGAGAUCCAGGUGUUAAAGGCUGCCUUGGCCGACGUCCUCCGACGCCUGAGCACCUGCGAGGAGAAUGGGAUCCACCUGCAGAAGAAGGGACCCAACAAAGUUUACCAGCUACUGAGGGGGCUGCCCUCCCGGCCUAGCCUGAGCAAUGGGAUCAUCCCGCAGAGAAGAGGCUACUCCACCUCCCCAUCAUCCCCGAAGAGAGAGCUGCUAGCUGGGAAAAGCAAGCCGAAAGAAUCCACCUUCAGCGCUGAGGAUGGUUACGUGAAGAUGUUCCUUCGGGGACGCCCGAUCCCCAUGUUUGUUCCGGACGCUGUUGUUGCCACCUACAGCUUGGAUGCCAAGUUGGAUCUGCCCCAUAAGAAGCUCAAGUUGGACUGGGUCUAUGGCUACCGAGGCCGUGACUGUCGUGCCAACCUUUUCCUGCUGCCUACGGGGGAGAUUGUGUAUUUUGUGGCUGCUGUGGCGGUUCUUUACAAUGUGGAGGAGCAGCGGCAGCGCCACUACUUGGGCCACACCGACGACAUCAAAUGCCUGGCUGUGCAUCCCGAUAUGGUCACCAUUGCAACCGGACAAGUGGCUGGGACAUCUAAAGAUGGCAAGCCGCUUCCUCCCCAUGUGAGAGUUUGGGAUUCGGUGAGCCUGAAUACGCUUCACGUCUUGGGACCGGGGCCCUUUGACCGAGCCGUCAGCUGCGUGGGAUUCUCCAAGUCUAACGGAGGAGGCCUCCUGUGUGCGGUGGAUGACUCCAACGACCACGUUCUCUCCGUAUGGGAUUGGCAGAAGGAGCAGAAGAUUGCUGAUGUGAAGUGUUCCAAUGAAUCCGUCCUCGCCGCCACCUUCCACCCGACGGAGCCAAUGUUGCUCAUCACAUGCGGGAAAUCCCACAUUCACUUCUGGACGCUGGAGGGAGGCAACCUCAGCAAGAGGCAGGGCAUUUUUGAGAAACAUGAGAAACCCAAGUACAUCCUGUGCAUAGCUUUCACAGAGAAUGGAGACACAGUCACUGGCGAUUCGGGGGGAAACCUCUACAUUUGGGGAAAAGGGGGAAACCGGAUUUGCCACGCUGUGCCAGGAGCCCACGAAGGUGGCAUCUUUGGCUUAUGCGUCCUGCGGAACGGGACCAUCGUCACGGGAGGCGGCAGAGACCGGAGAGUCGUCCUUUGGGGACGGGAUUACCAGAAGCUGCAGGAAAAUGAGGUUCCUGAGAGCUUUGGGCCGGUGCGCACCAUUGCUGAAGGGAAAGGAGAUUCCCUCUUUGUGGGCACCACCCGUAAUUCGGUGCUUCAUGGAUUCUUGGCUACUGGCUUCUCCCUCCUGGUGCAGGGGCACACAGAAGAACUCUGGGGCCUGGCCACCCACCCAACCUUGGACCAGUUCUUGACCUGUGGGCAAGACAAGCAGGUCCACCUGUGGAGCGUGGCUACCCACCAGCCCUUGUGGAGCAAGGGAAUCGAGGAUGCAGCUCGCUCAGCAGGCUUCCAUCCCAGUGGUUCGGUGCUGGUGGUGGGCACUGUAACUGGCAGGUGGCUGGUGCUGGACACAGAGACCCGAGACCUAGUAACCAUCCAUACGGACGGAGCAGAGCCCAUUUCUGUGGUCAGCUUUUCCCCAGAUGGCAAAUACCUGGCUUUGGGCUCCCAUGAUAACUUUGUCUACAUCUACCUGGUGUCUGAGGGCGGCAGGAAAUACGGUCGAGUCGGCAAAUGCUCAGGUCACUCCAGUUUCAUCACCCAUCUGGACUGGGCCUUUGACAGCAGCUGUUUGGUGACCAAUUCUGGCGACUAUGAAAUUUUGUACUGGGACCCAUCCACCUGCCGCCAAAUCACCAGCGCGGAAGCCGUACGCAACAUGGAUUGGGCCAGUGCCACCUGCGUGUUGGGUUUUGGGGUCUUUGGGAUCUGGCCGGAGGGUGCUGACGGAACGGAUAUCAAUGCAGUCUGCCGUUCCCACGAUGGGAAGCUCCUGGCCUCUGCCGACGACUUUGGCAAAGUGCACUUGUUCUCCUAUCCCUGUUGCCAGCCACGGGCCCCCAACUACACCUACAACGGCCACAGCAGCCACGUCACCAACAUUGCCUUCCUCCACGACGACAGUUUGCUCCUCUCCACCGGCGGGACGGACACCAGCGUCCUCCAGUGGCGCCUGGUCUAGGGAUGCUAUGGGGAGGGCAGCGGGGGGUUGCCCCUCCCAGGGUUGAGGAGGGAGCCGUGGGGCAGUUGGGAAGCAGGGUGGAGCGGGUGGGUGGGAUUGGAUCCUAUUAAACUCUUUUUAAUGGGGGGGGACCCACUUACAGGUCCCUCGCCGUGUAAGGAAGGGGCAGAAGGCACUAGUGGGAGGAGGAGAGAACCAGGAAGAUUAAAGAGAAGUGCUGUGAGAGCUAUAUUUUACAGAUAUCUCUAUAUGCAUAGUGAUUAUAAUAUAUCCAGAUCUAUCUCUAUAUAUGUAUAUUAUAACGGCUGAAGGUUGCACAGGCUGAGAAUGUGAUGGAGCAAGAGAGGCAGAAUGCAGGAGCAAGAAUGAAUGCCUGAUCUUAUAUUUAGGGAAGGCCUCUCUUUCUCUUCCAACAGUGAAAUUGCACCCGAGGUAUUUGUCUCUCCACUCCAGAAGCCAUCCUUGCACUAUCAAUGUACAGUAAAUGGGUUUGAGACCUGAUUUGGCUGACAGUCAGCUGCCUCUAUUGGCAAUGAGGAAUAUUUACACUCCCCCAACACACAUGCACAGUUUGCACACUCACUUGAGUAACAGAUGCAGGUUUGACAUUUACAGAUUUGAUUAUUCACAGAUUUGUUUCAUAUGUUCUCGCUAGGAAUCUCGAGGUCUUCCAGCUUGACUCUGGGGUCAACGUCUGCUAGAUGGUGAACUGGAGGGCCCAGAGGUUCCUAGAGAGAAAACUCUUCUCUAGGCAUUUGUACAUCUUCCAGCGCAAUUCUAUGGUCAGCGUCUGGCAGAUGUUGGCAACAGAGUUGUAUGGAGGACCUAGAGAUUCCUAGAGAGGUUUACUCUCAGGUAAAAUAAAUUGUGAUUUUUUUUUAUUUGUAGUUUUACCACUUUAAUGGGAUUCCUUCAUUCCUAACCCCAGCAAACGUGAAGAGUCCACUGUAUUGUUUCAUGGGACGAAGCGAAGGAUAAGCCUGCUUGCCUCUUCCUAAUAUGCAAUCCUCAGUCCUGGGUGGACUUCUCAGAAUAUCUGCAAACUAAAGUAAUAAAUAUAUUGAAUUGCAAUUGGAGGGAGCCACAUGAAGUGAGGGGGAAGAGGGAUGUCCUUCCCCAGUGCCUUUUGAUCAUCUGGGGAAGAAAGGAAAGAGAAGAGAAUAAAUAAAUAAGUGAGGGUUCCCUAUGAUGAAUUAGACCCAGGGCAAAACCCCAAGCUUGCCAAAGUUACUUGGUUUGGAAGACUGAACCCCAAAGACUGCUUUGGGAAAUGGCGGGUUCUCCUUCCUUGGAGGUCUCCAAACAGAGGUUGGAGGGGCAUCUUUGGGGAGUGUUUUAGUUGCGUGUUCCUAUAUGACUGUGGGUUGGAUUAGAUGGCCCUUGGGGUCCAUUCCAAUUCUAUGGUCCCUGGAGUUGUCAUCCGGAAAAGUAAUUAUUUGAAGCUGGAAGCAGCACAUCUGGCACUGUCCUAUUGAGUCUUGGUGGGGUCAUAUUUGACGCAACAGUGGCACACAGAUGCAUAUGUUUGUGUGACUGUCUUUUCUCUUUCUCCUGUCCUGGACCUUUUGCCGAUCCAUUUUAAUUUGACGGUGCCAAAUUCUAGUUCUAUAUGAGAAUGAAAUGGAAGAGAGAGAGAGUGUGACAUACUGUAUAUGUAAUCAAGGCUGGGAGGAAAGUAUUUCCAGUGAUGGAAUCAACUUCAGUUUCCAUUCCACUCCUCCUGCAUUAAGGAUUGAGCCUUUAUGCAGAUGGGAAUAAACAUUAAUCCCUCUUCAGGUCUGACUGUCAAACAAAUCAUUUUCAUUGGAUGGAUGGAUGGAGAGAUCAGGGGCCCUUUUGCACUACCCAGACACAGCAUUAUGAUUCCACUAAUGUGGAAUCCUGAGAUUUGUAGCUUGGUUAGACACACUAGAGCUCUUUGGCCGAGAUAUCCUAAGUAUCCCUCCCUUGGAUUCCAUAGGAAGGAGCCAUGCUGCUUAUAGUUAUAGUUAUAGACCUAUAACUGUGUAGUGUGAAGGGAGCCUUAGAGUGCAUUUCUUGGGUGAAACGGGAUCCCAAGGAUGUACAAAGUCUGUCUUCUUAGUCCCAACGGAGUCACAUUUUCAGCCCAGGUUUGGCGGUAUUUUGCACUGGAUGAUAUAGAUAGUUUGGGGGGGCAUUUUUGGAGGUGGCAUUUUCAAAGAUUGUGACUUCUUCAGGUCUGGGUCUGGGUUCAGAAUGGGAGGGCGAAAGCAUGCCUGUCUUUCUGUAUUUUCCAAAGAAAACAUGGCGGAACAAAAAAAAAGUUGUUUAAUAAGACUGCAACCCAAUAAAAGACACAGAGAGACACAUUCACACGUG